CAGUCAGUGUGAAGAGAGACAGAAGAACUGCAGAACCAACAGAAGCUCCUCCUUCAGUCUGCCGAUCCGUUGAGAUGUUCCGCUUCAGGAUGAAUUUCUGCCUGUUGUCUCUCCUCUUCCCUUUGGUGUCCUCCAUCAUGGCCGACGUCCCUACCGCUGGCUGCAAAAUCAGAAUCACUGACAGAGGACUCGAUAUGUUGAAGUUUGAGACUCAGAAGUUUGUUGAAGAGGAGAUCAGUAACAUCUCGAUGCCGGAGAUGCAGGGCAAAGAAGGACGCUUCCAAUACACCAUUACUGAUGUGAAGAUAAAAGAGUUGAAUCUGACUCACGCCGAACUGCAGUUCAUUCCUGAUGUCGGAUUGUUGUUCGACGUCCAGAACUCAUCGAUCGCGCUGAGUUUCCACCGACGGAUCCUCUACUGGUUCUUUUACGACACAGGAAACAUCAAUGCGUCGGCUGAAGGAGUGAACAUCAACACGGCUCUGCAUCUGAUCAGAGACGAUGAAGGACGACUGAAGAUCAGUAACAUCACCUGUGAUGCCAAAAUUGCCAAAAUGACGGCGCAGUUCAGCGGAACGCUCGGGAAAGUUUACCACUUCCUGGCCAGCUUUCUGACAACGGGCAUGCGCUUCCUCCUCAACCAAAAGAUCUGUCCCGCUCUGAACCACGCUGCUCUGGUUCUCGUGAACUCGAUGUUGGAGACGAUCCCCGUGAGGACGGAGGUCGAUCAUUAUAUCGGUAUUGAUUAUGCUCUGAUCGGUGAUCCGGUGGUGACGCCCAGGAGCCUCGACAUGCACUUCAGGGGGAUGUUCUUCGACCUGUCCGAUCCGAACAACACGUUGGCGAACUACGCCGUCGACCCGGUCAUCAAAGAGUACGACAGGAUGGUGUACCUCGCUCUGUCCGAGUACUUCUUCGACAGCGGGUUGUAUUCCUACUACAAAGCAGGAGUCUUCCAGAUGAACAUCGUCAACGAGAAGAUGCCCAAAGACAUGGAGAUGUUGUUGAGAACCACCUACUUUGGAACCAUCAUGAUGAUGAACCCGGCUCUGAUGGACGCUCCGCUCUCACUGCAGUUCGCCGUCAACUCGCCCCCAAAGACCACCAUCAAGACGUCCGGAGCGACGGUCGUCAUGACAGCCAUCGUCAAGGUGAUGGUGCUGCCUCCAGGUCAGCCUCCGGUCCAGCUCAGCAGCAUGACCAUGGAAACAAAGUUCAAUGCUAAAGUUUCAAUGAAGGGAAAACGUCUGUCCAUUCUUGCUGACCUCCGCAGGUUUAAAAUAUACUCCAAUCAAUCAGCACUAGAAUCUCUGGCACUGAUUCCUCUGCAGGCUCCUCUAAAGACGAUGCUGCAGAUGUCCGUGGUUCCUUUAAUCAACAACUGGACAAAGAGAGGAGUUCGGAUCCCUCUGGCUGACGGGAUGGAUUUCAUUGAGGAAGUAGUUGAAUAUCACAACGGUUUCCUCGUCAUCGGGGCGAAUCUUCACUUCAGCAAAGGACUGAGGGAAAUGAUCGUAGCGAGCAAUCAGACAGCACCAGAAACCAACACUGUCUAAAUGUAUAUAUGAACAGUAUAUAUAUAUAUACACACAAUGUGAUACUGUGUAAACAUAUAUAACAAUGUGUAAAUAUAUAUUGUCAGACCCAAACAUAUAUACGAUACAGUGAGAAUAUAUGUAUAACACAAUGUUGUAUAUACAGAGAUAAUGUGUACGAGACAUAUAUAUAUUUAUAUAUAUACACACAUAUAAAUAUACACACAUGUAUUUUAAAAUCAAGCGCCCCUUGUUUACCUCCAUCUUUCUUGCUAACAGUCUUCUUCUUCUCUUGUACAUUACUGUGCACCUUUAACCACCUGUAGAUCAGUGAAACCAGCAGCCGUUGAAGAAGUAUUCUGAUCCUUAACUGAAGUAAAAGUACCGAUACCACAUUGUGAAAAUACUCCACUACACGUUAAAAGUCCUGCAUUUUAAAACCUCAGUAGUAAAAGUAUGUAAGUAUUGUCAGCAAAAUGUACUUGAAGCUUUAAUGAAAGUAUUCAUAGUGUGGUAAAAUGUUCCCUAUCAGUGUUUUUCUAUUAUAUAUGAUGUUUCUGGAUUAAUUGUACUGCUGUAUUAAAGUAUAUGUGUACUGCUGUAGAUGUUUUUAUCUCCAUUAUACACGGUUGGGUAGUAGUAGUAGUAAUCUACAACAAUGCAUCAUAUUCUUGAUGAUAAUAUGUUUGUGUAGUUGUUGACGUGUAACAACUACACAACGUAGUAGUUGUUACGUGUAUUAACAACAAAGCUAAAUAAAAACAAAUUAAA